AUGUCCGAUUCGUCAUCAGAAGCUAGUGAUUCUCCUGCUCCUGAAAAGAAGCUCAAAAAGCAACCAGAAGAGAAAAAAGCUGCGAAGAAAGACGACAAGACCCAAAAGAAGGAGGAAGCAAGCAAUGACAAGAGUGAUAAGAAAGAGAAGGAUAAAAAGAAGGAGAAAGAAAAGAAGCAGGAGAAGCGUAGAGUUCAAAGUGAUUCGUCGUCGGAUGAAGGAGUGAUUGAUAAAACGCCAAUCAAAAAAUCGAAAGGUGGUGGUAAUCGUGUGAAAAAUGCCGAUGGCGAAGAGAUGAUCGAGAUAGGCAGUAUGCGUUACGUCAAUGUGAGAAAUUUCCGCGGAAAAUCUCUCAUAGAUGUGCGCGAAUAUUACAUGGAUAAGGGCUCUGGAGAGCUUCGUCCCGGCAAGAAAGGUAUCAGCCUUACUCGAGAACAGUAUGAGAACUUCAAGUCUAUCAUGAGUGAGAUUGACUCAAAGCUUUGA